CACACACAUACCAUACCUUGCGCAAGGCAGCAGAGCAGAGCACUGACGCCUCCUUCUGACAUACAGUAGCGCGAGCUCACCCUCACGCCUUCGUCUUUCUACAGAAAAUAACUUCGGCAAACACGGGAGAUUCGUCUCAACACUUUAUUUAUUUUUAAUUUAAUUGUUUAACUCAGUUUAAUUCUCAGUUCCCAGCAUCCUGCACACACAUUCCACUAUUUAUCGGUCGUGUGUUUGUGCGGGCUGAGGCGGUCUUUGUUUCGGGACACGAGUUUGGGACUUGACGCGGAGGUCCCGCGGAAUGCGCCUGUAGCGCUGGAAACGAAGUCUAGAAGAUAACUUUUGUGUGAGAUCGCUGAGGUGGCCAGUAGUCCAGCAUGGCUUCAGACGGUGAUGAUGCCACUCAGCCCUCUACUGCCGCCUCUGGUGUGGAGGAGGAACAGGCUCCCCCAUCCACCAAUCAGCAGCUAGCAGGAGAGCCAGACCACACCCCCAUCUCCUCCCAAACUGCCAGUCAGGGCGCACCUCCAGUUUGUGAUGUCAUCAUCUCUGAGCCUGAAGCCCCGCCCAAAGAACAGCUCUCAGUCAUUUCGGAGGCGACAGAGACCAGUAACGGGGCGUGUCCUGUGCUAGACUCCUCCCCCAUCUCUCUCUCUCCCGCCCCUCAGAAGCAGCACACUAAACCAGGAGGUCAUCACCAUGGUAACGGGAGGGCACGCCUGGGCAGUCGCGCGUCCGUCAGCUACGCGGGGUCUCCACGCCCCUCACUAACACGCCGGGCCAGUGACAACACUGAGGCCGUCACCGACGGCAACAAGCCCAACGAUUACCUCAUCUUCACAAUCCUGGCCUGUUUCUGCCCCGUCUGGCCAAUCAACAUCGUGGGCCUGACCUUCUCUGUCAUGUCCCGUAACAGUCUGCAGCAGGGUAACGUGGAUGGAGCAAGGCGACUGGGCCGGAACGCCAAAGUUCUCUCCAUCGUGUCAUUUGUGGGCGGCGUCAUCAUCAUCGCCAUGGCGAUCGCUGUCAACUGGGGUAUACUGCUGAAGUCCUGAGUGUCGUCAUGACAACUAGCAGCUUCGAACCCCAUGAAACACUUGCACUCCUUCACCCCAAAACUCUCACUGCUCUUCUUUUCUCCUCUCUUCUCUCCUCCUCCUCUCCCCUCUCUCCUCUCCUCUUCUCUUCU